AUGGAACGCAAUUUAGAGCAAAGAAUUGUGAUAAAAUUUUUGGUGAAAAAUGGUGAAUCGUCAACGGAGAUUUAUGAAAAGUUAUCCAGAGUUUAUGGAAAUAAUACCAUGUCGAAACCACGCGUUUUCGAUUGGGCAAAACGGUUUCGAGAAGGACGUGAAUCCGUCGAAGAUGCUGAGCGUUCAGGACGCCCUUCCACGACUCGACAGGACGAAAACAUUGCUCGUGUGCGUGAUCUUGUUCGAAGUGACAAGCGGUUAACUACAAGAAUGAUAGCGGAAAAACUAAACAUUAAUCGAGAAAGUGUUAGAUUAAUUUUGACUGAAAAUUUGUUAAUGACAAAAAUUGGAUUGAAGCAUACUACUGAACCUACGGAAGAAGAAUCUCAGACUAAGAAAUUAAGAACAGAAGAUUCAUUAAUACCCGAGCAGCAGUUCUUGGCUAGGAAUAAGGGUCCUGUUCAAUUGAGCAUAGCUGUACCAAUGAUGGCAGAGAAAGCAGAAUGGAAGUUGCAUGGCCAGAUAUUAAAUAUUACUUUACAAGGGAGCGACACUGUGGCAACAAUGAAAGCUCUUAUACACAAACAAACUGGAAUGCCUCCUGGUAAACAGAAGUUACAAUAUGAGGGAAUGUUUUUCAAUGAUAGCAAUACUCUUGCAUACUAUAAUGUAACAUCCGAUAAUAUAAUCAAUCUUCUACUCAAGGAAAAAGGUAGUAGAAAGAAAUAA